UAUUGUUUUGUUCAUACCUCAACAAUUUUUAGUGGAAACUAUGUGUACGGGAAAUGAUGAUGAUCUUUAGCUUACAUGGAAAGCCGCUGCUGUCAUUCACGCAGAAAGAAUCCCAGGCAUUCCAGCAACUCUAAAGUACAUGUUACAUAGACAGAUGUGUCCUCUGUAAUAGAGACUGUCGCUUGCGCACUGGGCUCUCCACCCGCACACCUGGCACAGCCCAGCAAACAGUAUAAUAUGCUAGGAUGCACCAGUCGUGGUCACCUCUGAGGAGGCCUCACUCAAUUCUUUAUGCUUCCCUUUCUCCGACCAGUACAUUCUUAUUGGAAUAAACUCGGAAUUUUAUUUCCCUUGGUGUCGUCGCCACCGACAUUCACAAGCAGGGUGCUCAACAUUGAUGUAUGUAUAGCAAGGGAACAUAUAAGAACCAAGGACCAUAACCUGAUACUGUCGAUGGUAAGAAUAUAAUCCGCUCCAUGUCGAUAGAGCAGCAUUUCCAUUAAAAGUCAGAGGAACUUGUGAGGACAGAUUCCAUACAAAGUAUAACGGUCAAUGGCCAUAACACAAAGAAAGUGCCGGUAGACGGGGCUGUACGUGCAGACACUUGAUCUUGUGUUUCUCGGCAUCCGUGGUCUGCUUGCCCCUGUGGACACGAGACUCAAUGUCCAGAAAAUCACAAAACUUAUCUUUCUUAGAUGACCUGGUGAAUUUCUCGUAACAAAAGUCCUCUGGCACAUGUUAAAAGUCCCCCGUGUUGAACAGCCUACAACAACCAUUUCGCUAGUAUUUGUGUGUUCUUCUUGUUUACAUGACACAUUAAACUCCAGUGACAAGUCAGACUCCUCCACCAGACACUGGUGAAUCCCAUUUACAUCCACAGCAAGUGCUUCCGUCACAUGUUUUACAGCAUUCAAAUGCACGGUCAGUCAAAGACUGGAUAAUGGCGGUUCCACUGUACUAGUAUUUUGUAUCACUAACUACUAGUAUUGUAUAUUGUGUAUCUAUGAUUCAACUUCUCCUUAACUGACAACUGUUGCACGCACACUGUCGUCUGCUCUCGAAAUUCUGUCGUCUGCUUAACUUACAAUCUGUUGACAUACAAGUUCCUCCACCAACCACGAGCUGUCUUCCAAAUUACUUCAUUUGCUUCUGGCCACUUGAAAGUGCAAACAAAACUAAAAUAUGCAUUCCAUCCGACACAGCAGUUCGUUAAUAAAAAAUUGUCAUCAAUGGCACACCACACCACAAUGCUUCCUCCCCUCUGUUCAAGUGGGUCUACCCCAAACCUCGCUCCCCUCUGGUCAAGUGGAUCUAUCCCAAGCCUCGCUCCCGUCUGGUCGAAGGGACGAAAGAUGCGUAUGGACUGCUGUCUGUCUGCCGAGACCAAAAUUAGCCUGAAAUGUGACUAAACCGGAAGCUUUGUUUACACCUGCCUCGUUUUAGAAGUUAACUUGGGGGGGGGGGGAAAUCAUCUGCCAGCAAUCCAGUCAUACAAGUUCGUGAAGGGACGUCACCUGUGAGGUACUAGCGCUACUCAGUAAUUGUGCGUUUGUCUGCGCGCUCAUCCUAGACUCCCGAUGGAAACAUUUGUGUUGAAAUCAGGAGGUAAAAGAAGGUAUGAAGCCAGUGGAGGUGAGGCAGAUACAUCCAAGGAUCGCACGCAUGAAGCGGCGACAGAACAUCGACCAAAGAAAAAGCAGUUGGCCAGUUGCCGUACUGCACCUACUCUGCACUGGACAAAGAUUGCAGGAGAAAAUCUAGACUGUGAUUAUGUCAAACUGUACAGCAAGAAAGAAGCUGAUGACAUCUUCCUUGCAUGUGAAAGAAGUUUAAUAUACAAUUCAGGCCAUUUAGCCAAAGUGCAGCUAUUUGGAAAAUGGGUUGACAUUCCUCGCAAGCAGGUUGCAUACGGUAAUGAUGGUCUCACCUAUAAAUUUUCAGGCAACACAGUCCCUGCAAAACCAUGGUUACAUUUCCUGACUGACAUUCGUGAUCAUAUCACAAAUAUAACAGGAUUUGAUUUCAACUUUGUCUUGAUCAACAGGUACAAGGAUGGUUUUGACUACAUAGGAGAGCACAAGGAUGACGAAAAAGACCUCAUGAAGGGCUGUCCGAUAGCGUCCCUUUCACUUGGCCAACCACGAGACUUCAUCUUCCGUCAUCAGGAUUCAAGAGGAAAGAAUGCAUGCCGCAAGAUAGAGCCUGUGAAUAUAGAACUAGAGCAUGGUAGUUUGUUACUCAUGAACCACCCAACUAAUCAGUUCUGGUAUCACUCUUUGCCACAAAGAAAGAAACUUAAAAAUGUACGCAUAAACCUGACAUUUAGGAAAAUAAACUGUAAUCAUUGCAAGCCUGUAUGACAUGGCUGUUUAGCUGAGUGCUGAUGUGGUAGGCACCAUGUGACUUGAGACUUGGAGGGAGAAAGAAAAGUAUUAUUAAUGCAACAAUAAAUCUCAACCUCAGAUAAAGACUGUCUCACAUGUCAGAGUGAUUAUGCUAAGUAUAGCUUGAAUGUAUUUUUGUAUUAAUAAAAAAAAUCAUAUAAAACAGGGCAUACUCAGAUCCUGAAAUCCACUGAUAACACUUUUUCAUUUUCACCAACUAUUGUUUAAAAAUCGAAAUCAUUGAUAAGUAUUUUUCUUUUGAAAUGCAGGUUUUUUUUUUAACUUUUCAAUUCUCAUUUUCAGUUGCAUUUACUAAAUUUAGGUCACUAAAUAUAAAGCUCAUUUGCUAAGAAAUGUACUGCACAUUAAGUCAAAUUCAUGUGCAAAGGGAAAGAAUAAGUUCUGCCAUUACUUGCUACUAUAUGAUUCUAAAGACACAGCAUGUGCCAAGAUAAGGACAAGUAUUCUGUGAAUAGGCUCACUCUUAAGCUCAUAGAUAAUGCAUAACCUUUUACCUAAUCUUAAUUCAGCUUUUCACAUGCUUGUAUCUAAAUUUUUACUCAUGAUAGUCAUAUUCUUUAACAUUUAUCUGAAGCAGUUGCCAUGCUGUUGUGGUGGUGACUCAAAUUGUGCACACCUUCACUUUCUGUUUAACCCGACCUCUUACAUUUCUUCUAGAUCUUUCCUUACUAAUCCAUACUUUGGAUUCUUUUGUGCAUGAUUUUUCUUUCCUACCUUUAAUAUAUUUACAAUAAUAUUGUAGUCCUUUCAGUUUCCUUUCCUGUUGUGUUUGGCAAUGUCAUGCUUAAUGCUUCAUGUAAACAAUAAUCUUCAUCACAGAACUGGUAUAAAAACUGUUAGUGUGCUCUUUGGAAAUAUAUUUCAGAUAUUGUUUCAUUGAAAAAAAAUAAAGACCCAUAUGAAAUAUA